ACCCUGCGAUUACUGCAGCUGUGGUUUGAUUACGGCGAAUAUAAUGAAGUAUACAAACAGUUGAGUGAGAAUAUCAAAGGACUACCAAUUGAGACGUGGCUUGAAGCUGUACCGCAGCUGAUGGCUCGUCUUGAUUCACGCGACAAGAUGGCAAUGCUUAUAAAACAAGCGCUUGUGUAUGCGUUGACUGUAGCUGCGAAGUCGUCGAAUGUCGAUCGUCAGAAAAACGCUCAAGAAAUGUUGGCAGUAAUGGCGGAAAUGCAUCCGAAGCUCGUCGAGGAGGCCAGUAUGGUUUCUGAAGAAUUGGUAAGAUGCGCAAUACUGUGGCACGAACAGUGGCAUGAUGCCCUGGACGAGGCUAGCCGACAGUACUUUCCAAGAGAAGAACACGGCAGCUAUGAUGGAAACUUUGGAGCCGGUGCAUAA